AGAUUUUUCUGCGCUCUGUAAAUAUAAAAACAAACAAAAAUAGGAGAAAAACGAAAUAGAGGAAUUAUACUCAUCCUCGGGCCACCGCAUUUGGCUUGACUCUGCCGUCUUCGAGUCUCCUCCGACCAUCGAUAUCAAAAAGAAAGAGUCUUCUCCGAUCGUUUUCGUGUAUCCGCAGCCAGACCCGACCGCGCGUGAUUUUUCUGCCACGCGCCUCUUUCAGGCCGUCUCAUCAUCCAUACUGUGUUAUAAAUUCGAAACAGAGAUUGAGUUAGUAGCAAGUAAAAGAGAAAGAUUGAGCAUAAAUGGGGGAUCUUUACGUUUGGCUAAUUUCCUUCUUCUUCCUCAUAGCCCUUCUUGCUCUAGUUGUUUUCCAGCUGAUGUGCUUAGCAGAUCUAGAGUUUGAUUAUAUCAACCCUUAUGACUCUUCAACACGGAUUAACAGAGUGAUUUUGCCCGAGUACAUCCUAGAAGGACUAUUAGGUGCCAUCUAUCUUGUAACAGGGCAUUGGAUCAUGGCUCUAUUCUGUGGUCCGUACCUCUAUUAUAACGUGACACUGUAUACGAGUAAAAGGCACCUCGUAGAUGUUACUGAGAUAUUCAAUAUGCUCCACAAAGAGAAGAAGCAACGACUUUUCAAACUCUUCUAUCUUGUUUUCCUUCUCUUUCUCUCAAUUUUCUGGAUGAUUCUAACUGCAUUGGAAGACCACGAGUAACACAGACAAUUGCUGCAUCAACUGACUGUUUACCGGAACUCUUCAGUUUGUUGCCACUAAGUUGCCACUUUUUACAACUUUUAUUCCAUCACCACUGAUGUAAUUUGUGCGACUUCCACUGAUGUUGUAUGAUUAUUGGAUGGUAGAUUUCCUUAGUACAGCUCUGUGACAUUCUUUUCAACCCUUAUAUCAUAGCUGUAGUUCGAGGGAUUCAUGAUUUGUAUUCUUAGUAUUCUUAGGUUAUCAGGUUCAAGCAAUCUAAAUUUGUCGAAUAAAUCUAUUAAAUCAGACAUUGUUCUGUUUCAGUUUUCA